CGUUUAUCUGUCAAAAUCGUUUUGAUUUGGCUUGAAUUGUGUAGUCUGUUUCACGCAGAUAGAACUGUAACGUCAAGGUGCCUGCCGUGUUGCCGUUUCCGUUGUUAAAGUACUCGCUUCGUCGUGUAAACCCGAACGGUGCCUGGAAUUUAUCACUGUCAUUGUCAAAAUAUUGUCAGUGUCAGUCAGAAAUUGCAUUGCUUGUGUGUCGUAUUCGUAUAAUCGUAAAGUAAAUCAAAAUAUUAGUCGUGUCACGAUACCGGUCAUAGCAGGCUAAACUGUAAUCUAAUAGAAACAAAAUGGUGAAUACAGUUCAAUUGCACGGGUACGAUGAGUUCUCGAAAUACAUUGAAACCGUAGAUCCAAAAGGCCCGCCAGUACUUUUAUAUUUCAGUGGUUCUAAGCUACCGUCGGGCGAAAGCUGGUGUUCUGAUUGUGUCGAAGCCGAGCCUGUGGUUAAUGCAUACCUGAGUGAGCUGAAGAAGGAUAUCAUUUUUGCUUAUGUUGAUGUUGGUAAUAGGGAAACGUGGAAAGACAUGGCUUGUUCAUUCAGAACAGAUUCUCGCUUGAAGCUCAUGGUCAUCCCUACAAUGAUCGUCUGGAAGGGCGUGCAAAGACUCGAAGGUUCCCAAUGUAACAAGAGGGACCUACUUCAAAUGCUAUUUGAAGAUGAAGAGUGAUAUGGCUUCAAAGCCCUCAAUGUAAUUCUAUACGUAUGUUUUUGUAUAUAAAGGUACUAAUAAGAGGCAUUAAAUGUUUAUUGUUUAAUAAAUAAAAUAUUUUUACAACACAUA